AUGGGUGACCGGCUGUUAAAACGGAAGUUUGCUCUGAUAGAAGGAAUCAGACAACAACUAUUACAGAGAGGAUGUGGCGGGCUUAAACAUCUAACUACAAUGUUUAGAAGAAUGGAUUAUGAUUUCUCAAAGUGUAUCUGUUAUAAAGAACUAUAUAUGGGUAUCCAAUCUAUGGGAGUCAAGAUAUCAGAAAGUGAUUUAAAACUUGUAUUUGAAUUGAUGGACAAUGAUAAUAGUGGUGCAAUAGAUUUUUGUGAAUUUAUUCGAUAUCUUUCACCACCCAUGUCAGACACACGAAUCCGAGUUAUAAACGAAGCCUUCGAAAAACUAGACGUCAAUAAAAAUGGACAGAUUGAAGUAGACGAUUUACAAGUUGUGUAUGCUGGCAACGUGAAACGCCAUCCUAAGUUUGUGUCCGGUGAAUGGACAGAAGAAGAAACAUUACGUAACUUCCUGGAUAGUCUGGAUACACCAGGAUGCCCGGAUGGAAAAGUUACGCGUCAAGAAUUCAUGAAUUACUACGCUGGCGUCAGCUCCACUGUUGAUGACGAUUGUUAUUUUGACCUGAUGAUGAGAUCGUGCUAUGGUCUACGUCCGCGAGGAAAUACUUAACAUAGGUGUCACAUAAAUAAUGAAUUCUUGAAAUGGAAAAAAAAAUGUCAUAAAACUGCCAUUGUAGAAAUGUGGAAAAAAGCUUAAAAUUACACCGCUUUAACGCAAUCUAUCCAGAGUUCACUUUUUGCAAUUGUCCAAAAAAAUAUUGCAAAUUUGAAUUUUGAUAAAUUCUUUGAGCUUCUAAAAUUGCUAAGUUGUAACAGCGCAAUAGAAACCGAUCUGGUAUUAUAACAGCACAACAUGCGAUUAACUGUAAUAACAUUAAAUAUUGUAUAUCAAAGAAUAUCAAUCCCAAUUUGAGCAAUAAUUAUUCCAGAUGAACAUUCUGUCCACCAUACGUGACCCCUUGGUUUUGUCACGUAUGUUCAACAAUCCCUUUUCCAAGGAUGGAUAGAGGGCACCACGAUGUCAAUCCUGAACAUUCUCACGAAUAGAUAAAUUAUAUUCAAUUGUUGCAUCUAAUUCUUCGGAACAUUGACCAAUGCAAAAAUUACACAUAGACCUGUACCUUUUGGUUAAAAAAAUUAAUUCUAAACGUUUUUGUUCUAAUAGUUUUCUUUCAAAAUUUUUAUUAAAUAUUUAUUUAUUUCAAAUAUAGUAUUAUAAAUGAAUAAAUCGAUUUUUAAAUGUUA